AUGCUCCCGUCACCUCGCCAAGACACCUUGCUGUCGGCGCACACGCCCAGCUCCAGCUCAGCUGCACCCUCGGCCAAAGCCCUCGGCAAGCGGCGCCUCGACGAGGCCAUGGAGGGCGACUCGCCGCCUCCGCCAACCGCGUCGACGACUCGACCAGCAGCAGCUCCUGUCGCAGCAGUCAAGAAGCAGGAGCGUCGUGUAACUCGCAGCUCGCUCGGCGGCGCGAGCGCCGGCACCAACGAGGCGGGCGUGUCCGACAGCGAGCGUGCCCAAGCGGCUUUGUACCUCCCUGUCGACACGCGCAUCCUCCUCACGACCCGCCAACCGGCCAACGUCACGAUCCACCCUCCCUCGUCCGCCUCGUCCAGCGUCGAACCGCUUCGCCCGCAUCCCGUUCCGCCUUCCCCCGACGCCGUCGCCAACGGCACGCCUCAGCAGAUCGCGGUCGGCGAUGCUGCCGAACAGCCGCUCUUCCGCCUGCUCGGCGAGCUCGAGCUCCUGCCGCCGCGAGGAGCGCGACACGCACUUCCAGCCGAGGCCGACUCGUCCGACGCCUUUUACCUCCGCCUUCACCGGUACCCCGAGGUCCUCGAGAAGCGCGCCUCCCGUCUCGAGCGCGAGCGCCUCAUUCACGAGCGCUCAAAGCUCAUCAACGAGCUCGAAGAGCUGCGUGGGCGCACGUGGGUCUACGCGGGCAACAGCGCCGGCGGACGAGCCGAGGAGGAGCGGCAGCGCAAGAUCAAGGAGAUGCAGGACCGGCUCGCACGCUACGACGCCCUCCUCCCUAAUCAGCCCCGCAAGUCCAACUUCCUCAACCUCUCGGUCGGCACCGCCGGCCCACCUUCCGCCGCGACCACCGGCGCUCCCCUCUCUCGCCGCGACUCGCACACUCGCACCGAGUCGCCCUCUGCAACUGGGCUGUCGACCUCGCGCUCGCGCCGCGAGCCCGUCCACCGCCCGCCGACGCCCAUGAGCGCGACCGCUUCGCAAGCCGGCGGCGGCGGCACCAAGAUCCGCAUCAAGUUCGGCGCGCCGACCGCUCCUGCCGCGUCCACCUCCUCGCGUCGAGCGUCCCGCAGCUUUGCAGUUGUCGCCGCCGCCGCAGACGAGGAGGACGAGCUGUUGAGCGACGAUGGCGAGGAGGAAGGAGGACAUGGCGACGCGAGCCGGUACACGAUCCGGGGCGAGUUGCGCAAGGGGCCGAAGCGCGACCGGCGCGCCGAGCGAGCUCGUGCCGAGGAGCGCCGGCGGCUCGGCCUGCCGGCGAGGGCGAGCAUCUCGAAGGCGUUGACGGGCAAGAGCGGGAUCCAGCGCCGCUCAGGAGGAGCGAGGAGAAGGUCGUCGAGGUCGUACGGCGCCGGCGAUGGCGACGGCGACGAGGACGAGGACGACGAGUCGGAGGAGCAGGAGGACGAUCAGCUCGAUGGCGAGGAGGGCGGCCGAGACGAGUGGGACGGCUACGACUCGGAAACCGGCCGCCCUCUGCGCCCGUCGACCUCGCGCAACCCGGCCCAGCUCGUGCGUCGGCGCCUCCCCGACUCUUUCUUCCACUCGGCAUCCCUGCGCGACGCCGUCAUGGCCUCGCACGGCCCGAACGCCCGCCGAGCGUCAACCCGGGUCGCCUACGCGUUCGGCGAGCGCCUGCCCGACGCUGCGCUGCUCCACGCCGCCGACUUUGAGCCGCGAGGCGGCGUCGCCGGCGACGAGGACGACGACGAGGACGGGUACAGCCGUACGACGCUCGAGGCCAUGGUGCAGGAGCGCAGCCUCGAGCGUCACGGCGAGACGAUGGUCCUCCUCGACGGCCGCGUCCUGCCCAAGUCGGCGCUCGACGUCUGGCGCGACGGGCCUCUCGCCGUCAGCCCUGUUCGUCGCAGCGUCGCGUCGUCCAUGGCGCCGUCGGCUGCGGCGCAGGGCAGCAGUGCGUCCGACGCCGGGUCGACGGUGACGGGCUCGUCGCGUCUCGUCCCUCCCGCCGCACCGCUCGCGAGGCGCAGCGGCGCGCUGUGGGCGAGCGACGGCUCGCCGAGCGUGUCGAACGCGCCCUCGCCCGCACCAACUUCCCCACCUGCGACCCUCCUUCGCCCGCCAGCCUUCGAGGACCCACCGCCACCCCGCCCUUGCCGGCCCGACUCUGCCCCGUCCUCGCCACAGCGCUCACAGGCUCCCGCGGUGCCGCCCAUGUCGUUGGCGAUGCCGAUGCAGCAAGACUGAGUCGGCGCGGCGCGCUUCUGUCGGGCGGACUGGUAGCUUCGCCUUGUCAUUCUCCUUUGCAGCGCG